AACUCGGUCAUCCUCUCUUUGUUGCAGUGCCAGAUCAAGCCCAGGCCCCUGCUGUAGCACCCGUCGGUAAGCCUGUGAGAGAGCUGUGUUCCUGCAAGCUCCGGCACCAUGGUGGCCGUCAAGAAGACCAAAAAGGCCCAAGAGUCCAUCAACAACAGGCUUGCCCUGGUCAUGAAGUCCGGCAAGUACACGCUGGGCUACACCACCACACUCAAGUCGCUCCGGGGCGGCAAGGGCAAGCUCGUCAUUAUAGCCAACAACUGCCCACCUCUUCGAAAGUCCGAAAUCGAAUACUACGCCAUGCUCUCCAAGACCGGUGUGCACCACUACAGCGGCAACAACGUGGACCUGGGAACCGCCUGCGGGAAGUACUUCCGCGUGUGCACUUUGAGUAUCACGGACCCUGGUGAUUCUGACAUCAUCCGCUCCAUGCCUACUUCUACUGAAUAGAAGAACAUGGGCAGGGGAGAUGGGAGAUGCGGCGGACGUCGGUAGCUGGUGCUUAUCUCGGUAUGCAGAUUUCCUUGGUGUGAACGGAAAGUUUUGGGUCGUGGGGUGAGAUGGGGAAUUUAAAGCUCGUCUUUGAUGCCGUCACUUGGUUAGGUCGUUAGAAUUUGGGAUGUUGUGAGUGAUAGAGCUACUAAAGGGUUCAGGGUUCAAGCCGGUGCUGUUUUGUACCUUGACUCAGUGAAUGUAAUGGUUAGUGACGUUCUUUACUACUAUCGAAUACAUGAGUAAGACUGCUUUCGACUCGCAACACAGAGUCUGUCUUGCAUGAUGCAGAGUUCUUUUCA